AUGAAUUUGAUAGAAGCAUUAAAAUUACAAUCACAAUUAACCAAACAAACAAAUGAAUUAUCUGUUUUGAUAGAAAAAUGUUGUCAGGCACAAGAAGGUGAUGAACCUCCAUUUGAUCCAAAUCAAUUAUUUCAAGAAUAUGAAGAUCUUUUACAAGAAUUAAUUGAAUUAUCAAUAAGAAUUCAAACAACUAAUAAUAUCAUCAAAUUUAAAUAUCUAGAUAAUCCCACACCAAGAUCAAUGACCCAAGCUUUGGCAGAUGUAAGUAAACUUGAAGCCCUACGUUAUUCGGCUUCUAGAAUUGUUAAUAACGGUAUCAUAACUCGAGGAUAUAGUAAUAAGAAAAUAAAAGAUGUGGCGUAUGCCGAUGUUGUGAAGUAUCAUAAGAUUUCAAAUGAGUUUGAUAAACAGCUAAAUUCUUUGUCGUUAAGCAUACAGAAUGCAAAUCAUGAAUUUGAGUUGAUAUAA